AAAUCCUUGAUUAAAAUAUUUUGCAUAGUCAAUGUUUUAAUUUUUUAUUAUAAUUUGAAUAUCAAAGGAGCGAGUAUCAUAAAAAUGAAAAGAUCAACCCAUAAUUCCACAAACGUUAUUUUUAAAAAAAAUUGAAAAAAACGAGUAAACAGUCUGAACAUCGAAAUUAUGAUUAUACCCGUGUCCAUAUCAAUUUUUUCUAAAAAAAAAAUCUAAAUUCGAUGUGAAUCCAUUAGGAGUUCAGGACAUACUCAUAAAAACAGAUCGAAAUCUACGAAUCCAGAUCCGCUGUCAUCCCUAACAACCCAAGUGGUUCAUACAUUCGAAUCAAAUAAACAAAUUGUCCAACGAAAAAAAAAAAAAAAAAAUCCAAAUUAACCCAAAUGAAAAGCGAAACAUUAUAAACACACCCCCCAGAAAUAAACCCAACAAAUCCUUAUCAGCCCCCACUACCCCCCACACACGACACACCCACUCUUUCCCUCUCAUCUCCAUCCUCUCUCUCCUCCUCAAAUUCCAACAAAUGGCGGAAACCUCUUCAAUAGAAGAUCCUCCUCAACAAUCCUCCUCCCACGACCAGCCCGACACCACCACCCACCAUCUCUCCCCUCCUCCCGGCUUAUCCCACCAAGAAUUCACCUCCCUCAUCCCCUCCAUCACCGAGUUCCACACCUACCGCCUCAACAAAUCCCGCCAAUGUUCCUCCCUACUCGCUCAAAAAAUCCACGCCCCACGCGCCGUCGUCUGGUCCAUCGUCCGCCGCUUCGAUAAACCCCAGACCUACAAACACUUCAUCAAAAGCUGCUCUGUUCGCGACAACUUCACUCUCUCCGUUGGAUCCACGCGCGAUGUUAACGUCAUUUCUGGCCUCCCUGCUGCUACCAGCACCGAACGCCUCGAUAUCCUUGAUGAUUCCCGCUUUGUUACUGGCUUUACUAUCAUCGGUGGUGAACACCGCCUCCGUAACUACCGCUCUGUUACGUCACUUCACCCUGUUAACAACCCAGAUUCCGGCGAGGAUGACGUCACUAUUGUUUUGGAGAGUUACUUAGUUGAUGUUCCUGAAGGUAAUACUGAAGAAGACACGCGCCUUUUUGCUGAUACUGUUGUUAAGCUUAAUCUUCAGAAGCUCGCUUCCGUCGCCGCCGCGGUCUACUCCGGCGACGCUGCAGCCGUCGAAAACAGGUGAUUGUGAUUGUGGGGUCUUUUUUUUUUUUUUUUUGAAAUUGAAUGAAAAAAAAAAAGUGGAGGGAAUCUGAAUCUGAGACGUAAAAUUACAUUUUUCAAUAUUUUUUUUUUAUUAUUUACUCUUUUGGGUAAAUUUUAAUUUCAAUUUUUCUUUAUUGUUGGAAAAUCUUUACCCCAUGAAAAGAAAAAUGAAGUUAAAUACAGUGCUGUAGUUGAAGUUUAAGCACGUUGAGAUGGUUGAUGUUGAUGGAGUUUUUAUUUAAGGAAAAUGAAAAGAAAUCUUCCUUUUACCAAUUUUGUAUUUUGUACACUUUAUAUUACUUAGUUACUUACACUAGCAUGAUAAUAUUGUGUUUUUCAUUCA